AUGGCGCUCCUCUCGGCGGACAGCCGCUGCUCUCACCUGCAGGAGCUGGUGCGGAAGGCCCAGAAGAGGGUCGACACGCUCGCCAGCUAUCUCACCACCGCCAACGGCGGCUACACCAAGGAGAGUGAGAAGCAGAAGGCGCUCUGGGAGCGCCGCCUCAAGCUGCUCAACCGCAUGAAGUUCAGUGGUCGACGUGGGGCCGACUUCAGCUCGGUGGACGGCGAGUGUGAUGUCACGGACCUGGUGCCGCCGCCGGAGCUGCCCGUGCGCCAGCUGACGCAGGGACAGCGGGUACUACUUCCGCCGCCGGCCGCCGGGAACUUCUGCGGCUGGAGCCGCUUCGUCACGUCCACCCCGGCUGGCGUGCGGCCUUCAGUGUGGCGGGACGUGGACCAGCGGCUGUCCCGGCUCAACGGCAAGGUCGCGGCCCUGGAUCGGCUCUUCACGCAGAUCCGCACCUCGCGGCCCCAGUACGCCAGCGACCUCCGCAACCUGGACGGCGACCGUGGCUCGCCCAUGGCGCGCAAGAACGUCAAGAAGAAGAGCAUCAAGAACCUGUUUCAGACGGCUGUCAAGUUCCAGAAGCACUUGCGGAGUGGCGUGUACCUGGCCAGCGUCAUCUACCACGAGGACCGCGUCGCCAUGACAGCGGAGGACUUUCUACCGAUUCUGGAAGUGGACGAGUCGUAUCCGAGCUCCAUCCACGCCGACUUUCACUGGCUGAUGAAGGUGGCGUGCACGUGGGACGACGUCCGCUCGCUGCGUCAGGACAUGGAGCGCUCGCUCAGCUCGUCUUCAGUCCACUUCCGCAUCAAGCUGCUGGCGGCGGCCGAACAGCUGCAGGUGGCGCUCGGCGUGCAGGAUCUGGGUCAGCUGUACUACAAGCCGCUGCGAGACUGCCACGGCGCGCUCGUGUUCGUCGUCAUCAGCCACAUGAGGUCGGGAAAGCUGCCGUCGGCGUCCGUCAGGUGGCAGCAGGUGAGCAAGCUGCAGCGGAAGGUGUCCACCUCGGAUGAGGAGCCAGCGGUCGGCGAGAAGCUCUUCGCCGAGAUCAAGGACAUCAUCACCUACCACAUGGUGUCUUCGGUGGGCACGUCGCGCGGUUUGUACCUGGGCUACCUGCAGUGUCAGACGUCGGUGGACCUGAUCCGGGUCAGCGUGGCGCGCGACAAGCCCAACGUGCUGCCGCACGUGCGCGUGCGCGACAACGCGCACGUUAGCGGGGAGGAGUGGGCGUGGCUGCAGGAGUUCGGCACCCGCCGCGAGCUGACCGAGGAAGAGCAGGUGGACGGAGGUCAGGUGGUGACCCCGAGGUCACGGUUCCGGGCGCAGGUCGAAACAGCCGUGCGCCGCCUCCUCAAACUCAUGGACGUGCCCGUGGAAGAGGCGGCCAAUCACAGGCUGUACAACGUGGAGGUGCUGGAGCUGAACAGCACCACCAGCUUCCUGCUGUUGAUCCCGGCGGCCGACCAGGUGUGCUCCAUCCACCAGGCGGAGGAGCUCGCCGCGCCCAACGACUGCCUCCGGCUGCCCGUGCAGAUUUUCGAGAUGGUGCAUAUGAUGACGUACCAGCGGUCGUUCGUCAGUCGCUACAGCCGGAUCAGUUCGAUCCUCGAGACGGACACAAUCAUGGCGCAGCACGCGCACCGGGAGGCGUUCAGCGACUCCGAGAUCAGCGAGGCGCGCGGCCGGCUGGCGCAGCUGCAGACGUUCCAGACGGAGCUGGAGGCUGUGUGGCGCACGUCGCGUUGGCUGACCGACGCCAUCGCGUGGGCGCGAGAUAAGUCUCAGGACGGCUGUCCCCUGUCGUUGGCGGCCCUCCGCUCCUGGGACGGUCGUGACGUCAGCGUGUCUCCGGUCCGAGACGCCAAGCGGCUGCGCAAGGACAACGCGCUGCCGCCGCCCAGCCCCGCCGAGUUCCGCAGGUCCAGCUCGCAGCGGCUGCUGAAGCCGCGGCCCGAGUUCCAGAAGUCGCGAACCUCCGAGUGUCUGCUGAAGCCACGUGGCGCCGGCGACGAGGCGCGCGCGCUGCUCGGCUGCGAGGACUCGAGCAGCGAGGACUCGCUGUCGCGACCGCCGGCGGCGGCCGCUUCGGCGGCGUCGAGCGGCUGGCGCCGCCGAGCCGGCCGUGCGCCCGCGGCGAACCGCUCGCCGAGCGACGCCGGCAGCCUGGCGUCGUCGGCGCGCAGUCUGUCCUCCAACGACACGGAGACGGACACGGUAAGCGCGGACGAGGCGGACGAGUCGGCAGCGGCGGCGGCGCCGGGCGAGCUGCAGGUGUUUGCCGCCUACGAGACGGGCCUGGCGGCCGGCACCUCUGUGCGGCUGCACGUGACGCCGCGCACUAGCGCGCGCGAGGUGGUGGACCUAGUGGUAAAGCAGCUCAACAUGGCCGUCGUGCUGAAGGGCCGCCAGGGCCCCGUGUACGCGGCCGACCAGCUGCGCGCCUUCUGUCUGGUGGCUGUGAUCGGCGCCCGAGAGCGCUGCCUGCGAGACGACUUCCGGCCGCUCCAGCUGCAGAACCCAUGGCGGCGCGGCAAGCUGUUUGUGCGCCGGCGCGCCGACGUGCUCGCCGCCAUCCAGCAGAACGCUACACGCGGCGCGCCGCUCGUCUGAACAGUGACGUCAUGCCGCGACGACCCGUGACGUCAUACUCAACCUGCUGUGAUCGGCGAUCGGAGGAUUCUGCGGGGGGCGCCGCCGCCGUCUUGCGGAUUGCCGGCUGGAGGAUUUGCGAUUGUGUCAACAUCCCGGGUGUAUUUGUCGCUGCGGUGCACUUGUGCUGCCAUCUGUGGGGCGCGCAAUGAUACUGCGCUUACCAAUCGAGAUUAGCGAUGUCGUGUUGUGUGCGCAUCCACGACAUAAGCGCUUUAUUGCGUAUAUUUAUCUGUGUGUCGACGCUGCAGCCCAUAAGUUAUGUGCGGCGUUGGAGGCGUAGGAAAAUAAACCGGGA